UUCCUAUUGACUUAUUCCGAAUUGGCAAAAGGAACGACAGAUUUGGGAGCAGACAAUGGAGGCUUCAGCGUUCCCGCUCACCUGCACAACCCGUCUCACCAUAUCACCACCUCUGUCUGCUCAGCGGCGCAUAUUGCUGCUACCUACUUCACGUUCCACUUCAGCUCUGGUUCUGAGAAGGAGCAUGAGCAAGGACGAGCCCCUCAUAGAUGGGCUUCCCAAGGAGUACUACGAUGACGAAUGGCAAGCCCGUCAACGAGAAAAGACCAAGGAGCUGCAUCGACUGCGCCAGGAGGAAGAGGAAGAAGAGGAGAGAAAGGUUGAGGAAUAUCGCGAAAUUGGCAUGCGUUUGAAGGGUUAUCCUGAAGAGGAUGUUAGAAAGGCGAGGAAGCUAGUUUCAAGCCUCAUCAGAGCAGCUGAAGAAGUUGAAGAGAAAAUUGAGGAAGCUGCUGAGAGAGGGGAGCUCACUGAACUUUUGUUGAUGGUCAUAUGGAAUCGGUUGGAUCUUGCAAGACGUGAUGAUGAAAAGGAUGCUGUUAGAAGUCUUGAUCUCUUAUACAGGAGGGUUGAGACUGAGAUUUUGAAACGGGAGGCAUCUCCUGCAAUGAGACUGCUCAACGAUCUUUUGAAUAUGCAUGACGGGUUUGAUAAUGAAGGGUGGCUGAAGGAAUGCAAGAAGCACAUGGUUGAAACCUUCCCUCGGGAGGACCCCUUCAGCAUUCUCGUCCCUGCAGGAUUCGACCUUGAUAAGCAUGAGGGUCCGCUUCGACCUCCACUGGAAGCAGACAAUGCCCUUCUCAGAGUGGAUUUCGUUAGAGAGGUUGAUGCUCUCUUGCAAGAGGUUCGAUAUGAGCAGGAUUUAUUGCAGAGCGCCCAAGGGCUCGAUGCUGAAUCGGUUGCAAGUAGGUUAAAGCAGCAGGAGAAGCAGCGGACAAUACACCAAGUUGAAGCUCUGCUUGAUCUGGCCAUUAAUCUCCAAUGGUGAAUGUGUGUUCAUUCACCUGCAUCAGUGAGCUGAAAUCCUGGUUCGGUUUUUCGAUGCCAGUUGUAGCUCACGCUUGCCUUGGAAGAAUCCUAUAGCGAUGAGCAAAUGAUGACCAAAUUUUUGUAACCAAACCCAAGCUAUCUUGGGGAGAGAACACUUUGUGAGGGAAACAUCCAAUGGCCGUCUUUUCCUGGUCCUAAUUUGCACCAAAUGCAUUGGUAGCAGAAGAAACGGGGAAUGUAUCUUAGCCAGUAGAAGUAGUUAGAAGAUGCAAUUGCCGUGUCUUGUGUACAAAUCAUCUGUUUUGAGUAUGAAGUUAUAUGAGGUAACGUUGUUCAGUGUUUGGCCAGAAAAACAAAAAAAAAUGGUUCACUA